AUGUUACAUUUACGCAACACAAACUACAAUAACAACAGCGCCCAGAACAACAACAGUAACAAAGGCCAUAAAAUGCAUUUGAAAAGUGCAACGGCGGCUAAUGCAACAAUAAUGAAACAUAAGUUAAGCAAAUUUUACGGAUACGGUUGGAUGCAAGUCUUCCUACUACUUACAGUCCUAGUGAUUGGUAAUCAAAGUGCCUGGCAGGAGAAUAUACGACCAAAACUCUACGUUGAAUUAGGUCCCGAAGAUGUACUGAAGUUUGUGGGUAACGAAAGUGUCGUGGAUCACUUUAAGCUCGUCACUAAGGAUGGCAACAGUCUGCUCAUCGGUGCCAGAAAUACGGUUUUUAAUUUAAGCAUACAUGACCUCGUCGAGCAGCAGCGUUUGGUCUGGACGUCGCCGGAGGAUGAUACCAAAAUGUGUCUAGUCAAGGGCAAGGAUGAGGAGGCCUGUCAGAACUACAUUCGCAUUAUGGUGGUGCCAUCGCCGGGACGCCUCUUCGUUUGCGGCACCAACUCGUUCCGCCCCAUGUGCAAUACGUACAUUAUCAGCGAGAGCAACUACACGCUGGAGGCAACAAAGAACGGACAGGCGGUGUGUCCCUACGACCCCCGUCACAACUCCACCUCUGUGCUGGCUGACAACGAACUUUAUUCCGGGACCGUAGCGGAUUUCAGUGGAAGCGAUCCGAUUAUCUACCGAGAACCCCUGCAGACCGAGCAGUACGAUAGCCUAAGUCUCAACGCACCGAACUUCGUAAGCUCAUUUACGCAGGGAGACUUUGUCUAUUUCUUCUUUCGGGAAACCGCUGUGGAGUUCAUCAACUGCGGCAAGGCGAUUUAUUCGCGCGUUGCCCGCGUCUGCAAAUGGGAUAAAGGUGGGCCGCAUCGAUUCCGCAACCGCUGGACAUCCUUCCUUAAGUCCCGACUCAACUGCUCCAUUCCCGGCGAUUAUCCCUUCUACUUUAACGAAAUCCAAUCUGCCAGCAAUCUAGUGGAGGGACAGUAUGGCUCGAUGAGCUCGAAACUGAUCUACGGGGUCUUCAACACGCCGAGCAACUCGAUUCCCGGCUCAGCGGUUUGUGCCUUUGCCCUGCAGGACAUAGCCGAUACGUUUGAGGGCCAGUUCAAGGAGCAAAGCGGCAUCAACUCCAACUGGCUCCCAGUAAACAAUGCCAAGGUGCCCGAACCUCGUCCUGGGUCCUGUCACAACGAUUCGAGAGCGCUUCCGGACCCCACAUUAAACUUCAUCAAAACACAUUCGCUAAUGGACGAGAAUGUGCCGGCAUUUUUCAGUCAACCGAUUUUGGUCCGGACGAGCACAAUCUAUCGCUUCACCCAAAUCGCUGUAGAUGCACAGAUCAAAACUCCGGGUGGCAAGACGUAUGACGUUAUUUUUGUAGGCACAGAUCAUGGAAAGAUAAUCAAGUCGGUAAAUGCCGAAUCCGCCGAUUCCGCGGAUAAAGUGACCUCCGUAGUCAUCGAAGAAAUCGAUGUCCUGACGAAAAGUGAGCCCAUACGUAAUCUAGAGAUAGUUAGAACCAUGCAAUACGAUCAACCCAAAGAUGGCAGCUACGACGAUGGCAAAUUAAUCAUUGUGACGGACAGCCAGGUGGUAGCCAUCCAAUUGCACCGUUGUCACAAUGACAAAAUCACCAGCUGCAGUGAGUGCGUCGCAUUGCAGGACCCUUACUGCGCCUGGGACAAAAUUGCCGGCAAGUGCCGUUCCCACGGAGCUCCCCGAUGGCUGGAGGAGAACUAUUUCUACCAGAAUGUGGCCACCGGCCAGCACGCGGCCUGCCCCUCAGGCAAAAUCAAUUCCAAGGAUGCCAACGCAGGGGAGCAGAAGGGCUUCCGCAACGACAUGGACUUAUUGGAUUCGCGGCGCCAGAGCAAGGAUCAGGAAAUCAUCGACAAUAUUGAUAAGAACUUUGAAGGUCCCCAAAUCUCUGCAGAUAUUAUCAACGCCCAGUACACGGUGGAGACCCUUGUUAUGGCCGUCUUGGCCGGCUCGAUUUUCUCGCUGCUGGUUGGCUUCUUUACAGGAUACUUUUGUGGUCGCCGAUGUCAUAAGGACGAAGACGAUAAUCUGCCAUAUCCCGAUACGGAGUACGAAUAUUUUGAACAACGGCAAAAUGUCAAUAGCUUCCCUUCGUCCUGCCGCAUCCAGCAGGAGCCCAAGCUAUUGCCUCAGGUGGAAGAGGUGACGUACGCAGAACCGGUGCUUCUGCCCCAGCCGCCGCCGCCAAACAAGAUGCACUCGCCAAAGAACACGCUGCGCAAGCCGCCCAUGCACCAAAUGCACCAGGGCCCCAACUCGGAGACCCUCUUCCAAUUCCAACCCGAUGGCUACAACACCCAGCAAUCGUAUCGCGGUCGCGACAAUUUCGGAACCCUACGUUCCCACCAGGUGAUGGGCGAAAACUACAGGCGCGGAGAUGGAUUUUCCACCACCCGCAGCGUCAAGAAGGCUGUAAACAACACAAACACACGUAACAGAAGUCUUGGUCGCGCAAGAAGACAGCCGCCCCGUCAUGGCAUUGUAACUCAACACCGUUCGAAUAGCCCCCAGCAGCAACAGCAGUCACAGCAGCCGCACUCCAGCUCCGGCUCCUCACCCGUAAUGUCCAACAGCAGCAGCAGUCCGGCCCCGCCAUCCAGCAGUCCCAGUCCGCAGGAGAGCCCCAAGAACUGCAGCUAUAUCUACCGUGAUUGAUUGAUAUGCAACACCAAAUCGAUGCCACUCAUCCAGGCCCAGUCCACGCACGCCCUGCCACACCCACACCCGAAUCCGCUUCCGCAACCGGACCCGCAUCCGCUCCUUGGUGCGACCACGCCCCCAGCCCAGCCACACGCCAGGAGUCCGAUGAUCGGCAGGACAUAUGCCAAGUCCAUGCCGGUGACGCCAGUUCAACCGCAAUCGCCGCUGGCGGAGACGCCCUCAUACGAGCUUUACGAACGCCACUCCGACGCCAGGUUCCAUUUCGAUGACGAGGACGAUGACGAUGAGGAGCAUGACCUGGAAGACACCUCAUCGCUGGCAAUGAUCACACCGCCUCCGCCCUACGACACACCUCACCUCGCCACAUCGCCUCCCUUGCCGCCGCCCCGUAGAUUUCGCUUUGGCAACAGAGAGCUGUUUAGCAUGAGUCCUGCCGGAGGCGGAGCCACGCCCACUGCCUCGGGAAGCACCACCAACCGCGGCAGCAGCGCCAUAACGCCCACCAAGCUGAGUGCAGCGGCAGCGGCCAUGUUUGCCGCCCCCCAAAUGGCCACCCAUCUCAACCGGAAGUGGGCACAUCUCCAGAGGAGACGGCGCAGGCGCAACAGCAGCUCCGGCGAUUCCAAGGAGCUGGACAAACUGGUCCUGCAAUCGGUCGACUGGGACGAAAAUGAAAUAUACUAGCAAACAAGCCACUGAUCAGAAGCAAAAGUACUUCUACUCAAAGAAAAUGGAAAACAUCUUCAUUUCUUAAAAAACUUUAAACAUUUGUUCGUGUUAUCUGCAUUGGAACUCGUUUCGAUUUCUUGAAAAGUGAACAUUGAACUACAAACUGGUUUAAAAAUGAGUUUACUUAGGCAGGAUAUUGAUAUUAAGGUAGUAAAUGUAACCGAUUUUACGCUAGUCUGAAAUCAGGGGAGUGCAUUAUUUUUAAACUUUCAACUAUUAAACAAAUGUUUUCAUUAUUUUUAUAUAAUUCGUUUUUAGUUUAAGUAAUAAACUUUUUUAAAUAUUAAUUACACUUGAACAAAUUGUAUUGUAUUCAGCGUACGCCAAAUGUUCGAUUUAUUUGUGAAAAACAAUUAGUUUAUUUUAAAAUGGUAUUAACUGUGAUCCCCCUAACUAAAGAAGUUACCAUUUACUACCUUAAUUAGUAUACAAAACGUAAUUCCAAAGUUCCAAUGCAUUUUAUAAAAUGUGGCUUAUUCAUCCCUCCCCCAACCUUCCUCCCUCCCUUAAACUACAAGUAGCAAUCGAAGAAAUCAUUCAUCAGCGAUAGGAACUGGAUCGGGACUUACUUACACACAAAAAGCCAGAGAAGUUAUACACGAAAUUUAUAGUUAUAUAGCCUUUAUACUAUUCCCAGAUUUGCUAAGUAUACACAAGCGUAACAAAACAUACGUAUAUAUGACUCUAUAUAUACCACUUGAUUAUACAGACACGGUUUAAAGAAGCGGCUACGCUAAAUUAGAGCUGAGAAAUGAUAUUGUUAGUUACCAUUAAAAGAAAUUAACAGUUGUAUAUAUUAAUCCUAAAGAUGGUCAAGACGUAACGUAAUCUAAGUAAACCUUAUUCACAUAGAGUAUACACGAUUUACAAGAUUUUUUGCAUUUAACCCAGAGAAAGUAAAGAUAGAAAAAAUUUAAAAAGCAUAAAUGGUUGAGGAAGAUGAGAAAACAAAACGAAACGCUUAUUACUGAUUUACACAAAUAACCGAAAUAGUAGGAAGGCAAACAAAUUAGUUUUAAGCCGGCAGAAAUCGGGGAAAUAUAAGGAAAUUGCAUUCGAGGUUCAUUCAGAAUUGGAUCUGGAAGUCAACUGUCAACCGCUAUGCAGCGCUCCUAUCAAAAUCGAAUCCAUCGAGUGCUUUUUCCAUUGUCAAUUUAAUUUGCAGAGCCUUAAGCUGUAGUACUUCAGACUCCAGUGCUUCAGUCUGCUAUAGGAAAAUGUAAAUUAUGUACAGGACUAUACGCAUUAUUCAACCGAUCUGUACAGAAAAAGUAUGUGCGAUAUGUGCCAUAAUUGGGUAUGUGCCCACCUUGAGUUUAGUUGUUAUUGUUUGCAAUGAUUCAGAAUAGUUCUUUACUGAAAACAGAACUCGCUAUCUAUGUAUAUAUACAAAUAUACCUAUAUAUGCAUGAUGAGGGACACAAAUUUCAUGUGCAGUGAUCGAUCAAAAUUUAGUGAAAGCAUUUAAAGUAAACUUUAGCCUAACCACAUAGGGUUUGUAUCAUAGAUUGGGCCGGAGGGCGGAACAAAACUUUUGAAAAUAUUUUCACUAGGGGCAUUGCUAAUGUUGUUCACGUAAUAGAGUAUAUUAGAAAUAGACUAAGCUAAUCGAUACUCAAUAUUUUGUAUGAAAAACAUUAAAAUCAUCCGAUCAAACUUGGAAAUUGCGUUGCAAGACGAUUAAAAGCGUAGAAAUAUCUAAAUCAAAGCAAAUGUAUAAAAUGAAUCCACAUAGCAGACGGUAGAUCUAAAAUAAAAACCCACACAAAUGUAAACGUAUAUAUUAAUUAAUAUAUACUUUAUGCAGCUGCAAUUUAAUGCUUUUGAUAUGCAAUUUUACUUUUUGAAAAAAUGUAUACAACCGAAACAAAUCAAGAGCGGAAAAACAAAGAAAAAGGAAUGCAAUUACAUUUAGAAAGCCAAAGACACAAAUGAUUAAAAGAUUAUUUUUCAGAGUUAUUUAUCCUUAUUUUUAAUUAUUCAAAUUAAAAAAUAUUUAUAAUUCAAACUAACGUAUAUAACUGCGUUACAACGUACGUAGCAGUUUAUUUUCUGUUUCUGCUUAUUUAGUUUUUAAAUUUAUUGUUUUUAUCUUCUUCUUUAAGAUAACCGUGUCGAGUACUUUGAAAGCAAUACAAACACUUAAAAUGUAUAAGCAAAAAAUAAAUGCAAAGAUUCAGACACAUAAA